CGCGGGGCGCCGCUUCUUAACGGGCGGCGCGGGGCGGCGGGAGCGCUGUGCCGGGCGGGCUGCUGCGAGCCGGGCUGCCGCGAGACAUGAGCGAGAGACAAGGAACCGGAGCUACAAAUGGAAAAGACAAGACAUCUGGUGAGAAUGAUGGGCAGAAGAAGGUUCAAGAGGAAUUUGACAUAGACAUGGACGCACCAGAGACAGAGCGGGCGGCUGUGGCGAUACAGUCCCAGUUCAGAAAAUUCCAGAAGAAAAAAGCGGGGUCCCAGUCUUAGUAGCUACCUCAGAGCUUAAAACAAAGUAAUCGUGAAAUGAUUAUCAAGAAAAUCAGAAGUAACAUAAAGAUGCAUGUACAGAAAUUAUCAAUAUUUAAAACCCCAUUGGCAGAUAACAAACCCUGAGCUUGUGUGUGACUUCAUCCCAGAUGUUUCACACCCAUUAUCCUCUGUAACUCACCAUUUUACUUGAUGUUGUAAUAAAAAGUUAGGGUGAAGUAAUUAAA